UGUUUACUUUCUGACAACACGAGUUGUAGCGAGCUAGCUCUGCCCGGGUGAGCUUUUCCAUUCGCUCAGCCCGAGUGAGCGAAUGUUCUAGGUUUUCAGCGCUCCUGGUGGCAGUUUCAGCAAUCGCAACUGUAAAUACUCUACAGUCAAUGGCUUUGGGGUAAAAAGAAGAAAAAAUCCCGUAGGAGUUUUGACAUAUGGAAAUUUGGGUGGUACCCAUAAUGUUUCAAGAAAACCUUGGACUCGGAAAUCUAAUUCGUCCCUUGCAGCUACCAUCCCUACACAGGAAGCUGAGCUUCAUGGAACAUCACUCAUGAACGAAGAAUGUUCAGGUAACAUCCCACAUGCUCUAGAGGAAACUGAAUCUCCAUCAUCUUCACCAGCAAAGGAAAGUGAGCUUCGAUCACCUUCACCACCAAUCGUGGAAAGUUCACUCAUGGACCAUGAUGAUUUUCACAGUGCUUUAGAGCAGAAUGUUUUACAAGAAUUCAACAACGUUCACUUCACGUCCAAAAACUUAACGCAGAAACCAAUGUGUAAAGAAACUGCUUUUGAAUCAUGGAAAUCCAAACAAGAAAUCGUUUAUGGAUCUCUAGUGGAUUCAUACACAGCAAACCAGAAUCUUUGUGGCCUUUGCAAGGCAAUUUCUGGAUAUGGAAUCAUCAAAUGUAAGGACUGUUGCAAUUACCUCUGUUUUAGUUGUGACAGAAAGCGGCAUUCGUACGAUCCAUCCCAUCAAAGGAUGUAUUUUAAGACAGAUUCAUCUUUCAAAUCAUUGCUUCCUACUGAAUUUAUCACUUCUCGUGGAGAAGUCGUCGAGCAACGGGUUCAUGUGCCGCUUUUUCCUCUCCCGAUUUGCACCGAAUGUGAUAGCCGGGAAACAAGUUGCCUCAUCGCAAGCUCAAAAAUAUGCUACGUAGUCACCAGAAAAGGUAGAUUGGACUUAAACUUACCAGUGUUCCAUUGCCAAAACUGCGAAAAGUCAACUUUCCCUACCGUAGAAGAUUACAUUUCAUCCGGAUUUUGGCCUGGGACGCCAGAGCGAUUUACCGUCUUGUUUCAUCAGGAUGUUUUGGAAUUCUGGCAUCAUCUCAGGCUUCUGACGAAGAAUGUUGUGUCUAUCAUGUUACGUGUAGUUUUUUUCCAUCGCUACAAAGAAUAAAACAAUUUGAACCGA